AUGCGCAUCUACUCAACGGAGCUCCUCGCUGCUGCUGCGUUCAUAGCAAGCAUUUCGAGCUACUCCGCCUCAGGCUCCAAGAUCGCACAACCCGAGCUUUCAACCAGCGAUCGUGCCCCGGAUCGUGAGGACGGCGCUACGGAGGAACAGGCGUUGCAAACGAUAGAUGAGGCGGAGAGAGAAGCGAGGAUGCAACCACCAAGCGAGGUGUCCGCGUCGAUUGCAGCAGCGAAUGCGAAGUUAAGUGACAGUCCAGGCAGCACCGUCGCUACUGCAGUUCAAACUCGACUUGCACAACUGGAUGACGGAUUUGCAAAAGCGCUGAUCAGUCGUCCAGAGUCGAGUGAAAUGGCGGCGAAAAGACUCGCUCAAGAUCCAAACGACCGACGUUAUGUGCCACCGCAGACGACUGGCGGGGCUCCUCUUUCGGAAGCAGACUUGCUCGAGUUGUUCGAGCAAGCGCGAGUGUAUCCUCAAUUUUUAAGCUCCGAAACGUUGCGCAAACUGAACGACGAGGCACUUGCACCUCGCAACGCGAGAAGCUCGACACCAUUCACACUGCUGGAUCUGCUGAUAGAAAUCUAUCGUGCCAAACAGGGUGACUUCAGCGAACUCGUGUCUGCUUUGUCGAAAGCUAAAGCGGGUGAAAUCAUCAGCAAGGAUGAAGCAUAUGCGUUAGAAGAGACGAUGUUGCAAUAUUGGAAGGCAAAGAAGGUCUCCUUCAGCCGUGCCUAUAACUUUCUGGGGCUUUCUGACUUGGCGACGAGAGCAGACCUGACGGACAAGAACCUGGAUUUGCUCCAACGAUACUAUGCUUUGUUUGACCCAGAUUCUCGACGCAACAUCCUACAUGCGUGCAUACGACACAAGAUCAAUAAUGACGGAAAACUUUUCUUGAUGAUAAUGGAAUCGCGGGGGGAGUCUUCAUUUGCGAAUGAGAUGCUAGCGUAUAUCGUAAAGUUAGGGAUAAAUCGAGACGUACGCCCCGCAAAUAUUCUUACGGCGCUCCGUAGGGGAAAAGCAAAUGACCUCGUGGUUGUGCGUCUGCUGACGAUGGUUGUCGUACAAGAACGAGCUAAACUGGACACGCGCCAAGAAACGUGGACUAAUUUGAUGAAUCUGCUGAAAGAAGAGCUGGUGAGCCGCUGGUUGAACAGUGAGGAGGUAACCCCUGGAAGCGUUUUGAGUUUGUUCAGGCUAACCGACCUGAGCUCGAUCCCGGAAAAGGUGGAGUUUCCGAGCUCGGUCCAGAAAAAUGUUGAGCUGGACAUUUUUAAGACGUUCGUUGAAGGAUAUAACAAGAAGAUGAAGACCGGCAUAAAAGCGGAGGAGAUGUAUACCAACGAACGGAUGGCGCCUGCAGAAGCACGUCAAGAACGAGCUCCAAAACGCCAGAGGAUUACAGGACUUUCCAUUCGGCGUUAG